AUGAGCGCCAGCACGACGACCCACUCUGGCCGCCGAGGACCGCGCUUGACAACGCCCGAAGGCGUCAACGUCUGCCUCUUCUGCCGCAACCCCAAGCGCCACAAGCCCUUCUGCCCGCAGCAGCCCCGCCCGCAGCGGCAGAGCAUCUAUGCCGAAUCACCACCGCGCGCGCGGCCCGCGCCAUGGGAGCCAGCGCUCGCACCGCACGAUCCGUUCAACGCCGUCGACGUGCGCCCGCCCCGCCGCCCUCACGCGCCGGCAACAGACCACGUGGCUGGCACCGACGACACGGCGCCGCCGCCCGUGGCCGCUUUCACGCCCGAGACCACACUGCCCGAGACCACGGUCGCGCUCGCAUUGCCCGCGCUCUCGCUGCAGCAGCGUGCCAGUGCAUCGACCUUUGUCGCGCGCAUCUGGGCCGAGCGCGAAGCGACCUUGCCGCGUUUGUACUGUCUGCGUCCGCGUGGCGGUCUCGACCGCGUGCAGUGGCCCAGCUGGAAGUACACGAUGCCAGACCCGCUCUUGAUCCACCCGACGCGGUCGUCGGACCCGGACGUUGCGCAGUUUGGCGGCACGGACGUGCUUGUAUGGUGUCCGUUUACCUUCUUUCCGCACAUCAUCGACCUCACGACGUUGAGCUGCCCGGCGUGCGGCGCCACCGCCUGCAUCUCGUCGGAUGGGUGGUCGAAAGACUUUGCCUCGGUCGUCGCCAAUGAUGGCCAGCGCGCGCUCAUGCGAAGCCGUCGCCUCCGCCACAUCAAGUGCCCGCGCGCCAAGACGGACACGUGCUUUUCGAGCCUCGACGAGCACCUCUUGGCGCAUUGGUACCCGGACGUGUUGCGGCGCCUCCUGCCGACGCAGGCGGACCACGCGAACCCGACCGAGCCGCCGCCGCCGAUGGCCAUCAAUGUCGACGCCGCUGUCGAAGCGGUGCCAGAGGCAGUGACCAAGCGACCACGCGAGCUACUGCCGUGCCCCCACUGCGGUAGUGCGACGCGCUUCCACCGCUCGGCCGAGUCCAAGAAGUGUGAGCUCUACCAGUUUUUCAAGCAGCACAAGUUUUCAAAAAACGAUUUUGAGAAGGCCAUUGUUGCCUUUCGUCAGCGCCCGAUCCACGUGUAG